AGGGGUCGCGGCCAAUUUCAGAGCUUUGAACGCAAGUCACCGUCAUAGCAGACUUGGAGAAGCUCUUGCGAAGCUUUUGUCCUAACUACAUCUCCCGAGCCACGUCCAGCCCAGCAAUUGUCCAUCCCACUUUUGCCGCGGGGCUCACUCGUUCGACCAAACCUACACUCGACCAGAGAGUCAGCAUAAUGCCGCCCCCUUCGGCAGUCGUUCCUGGGGUAGGCAUUCAGGCCUUGAUUCUGUGCGGACCUGGAGUUUCCCUCAACACGUUCACCACAAAUGAGGAAUACCCUAAGGCACUGAUUCCCUUGGCCAAUCGGCCAUUGAUCUAUUACCAGCUAUCAUGGCUGAAGAAAUCAGGCAUUACUGACAUUACAUUGAUUACACCUCCCUCGACCGCCGCUCCUCUUCAGGCCGCACUUCAACAAAACCCCCACCUUACCUCUCUACCGUCGCCAUCGCCCUCAGUCCUUGCACCAAAAGGUCUCGAUCUCAACAUGGGAACCGCAGAGCUGCUCCACGGACUUCCUUCUCCUUCCUUGCGACUUGGUGUGCGAAAUCCCCGGCGAGUCGCUUCUGGAAGCUUGGAUGUGCUUUGGGAGGCUCCUCUACCGUCUCCGAAGGACGGAAUGCUCACGGCCCAGCCUCUUCUGGACCUGGCGGCGAGAAGGAGAGGUCGUCGCGGUGGUCUGACUGUAUUCUAUCAAACGCAAAACCGUGAAGAAUCAGUUAAGGGCGAAGGUACCGACUUUUUGGCUAUCGCACCUCUCGACGAUGACGAGGCGCCGGCAGUAUCGCAUGCUGUUGACGGUCCUGCCGCGCUGAGACACAAUUUGUCCAAGGUUGUACUGUCUAUGCCUAUGGCAACCGUGAAGGAGAAGAUGGAACAGGACAAGGGUCUGCUUCUUCGCCAUUCGCUCACAAAGAAGCACCCUCGUGUGAAGAUGCUUAGCACCUUCAGAGAUGCCCACCUUUACAUCUUCCCAUACUGGGUUAAGGAAUUGGCCCUUCGACAAGAAACCUUCCAGUCAGUCAGCGAGGACCUGGUUGGGUUCUGGGCUAAGGCUGAAUGGCAGCGGGGACUCGGCGAGAAGUUGGGAAUGGACGAGAUCUUCCAUCGAGAAAAUGGUGCUCAUGCCGAAAAUGGAAGCUUCGAUGGUGAAUCAAUAGAAGAGGAGAUCGAUCUUCUCGCCAUGUCCACCACUAGCUCAAGGCCAAACAUCAACGUGGCUCGACCCCCUCCAACCUCGUCCUUUGCAUCCCGAGUGUCCAAUGUCUCGAGUGACGCCGAGAAACCAGAGUUGAAGAUUCCUCCACUCCUGGCUUACGUGCAGCGCGGAUCUGCACCAUUCGUCCGCCGUGUUGAUAGCAGUGCGAUCCUGCUCUCUACGGCUCUCCGUCUGGCUAAGCUCGAGUCUAUCGAGGAAGCCGGUGCGGCCGCUUCACCCUUCGCCCUCCCUCAAAAGAUCGCACACCCUGAGGGUAUCGCUCAGCGAACCACGAUCACCAAGUCCGACUGCCUGGUUGGUCAGAAUACCACGGUCGAGUCAAAGUGUGUGAUCAAGGAAAGUGUGAUAGGUGCGAAUGUGAAGAUCUGUUCCGGCGCUCGCUUGCAAAGGUGUCUGAUCAUGGAUGGCGCCGUCGUGAAUAGCUCUUGCACACUUACCGGCUGUAUCGUCGGCCGCAGAGCGGUUAUUGGCAAGGACUCAGUUCUCAAGGACAGCGAGGUUGGCGAUGGAUACCUUGUUGAGGAAGAGACCGACGCCAAGAAUGAAAAGUUCAUGAUCUUUGAGGGUCUGGAGGAUGAUGAGGAGAUGGGUAGCGCUGGGGAGUUUGAUGGAGAGGACGAGCUGGGAUUCUAA